CUGUUGCUCUUUGUUGUUGUCAAGUUUCCAAGAGAAUAUCAUCUAUCUAUAACUAGCUAGCCACCGGUAGCCGGACAGUGUUCCAAUCGAAGUUUUUGGUACAGCAGACAUGGACGGCCAAUUCAAAAUCUCCUACAAUGAAAACCAACGUCCGCGACGACCCAAUGAAGAUACCCUGUCUUACAUCAAGUCCCUGCCUCUGGAGGUAGAUCAAGCCCACAGGGAAGUCAACGAAUACCUGGAGAAGAAGCAAUCCAAAUCAGCAGACAACGAUGACGAUGAUCUCCCCCAGCUCUUUUCCGUGGCGCUGACUGCCAUUGACGAAAUCAAAACCGAAAUUGCCUCGUUGGCGGGGGAUGAAGCUGGAUCGCAGUUCUUGGAGAUGCUCACACGCAUCGUGGCACCGUACUCCCCAUUGGCCGUGCGCAAGUUGCUCGCGGGAUGUGCCGGAUAUUACUUGCAUUUGUCGACACACCGAUAUGGAUCGCAUGUCGUGCAGACACUCCUGCAGCUGGCGACUGUAAAUACUGUCUGCAAUAAUGAUUCUAACAACAAUUCACACGAUGAUUUGGCACGAGCCGUAUUGGACGAUGCCUUUGAAAAGGAACAAGAGGAAUUGCCGCCUCUGGCGGAUUUGAUUUUGGGAGUGGCCGAAGAGCUCACACCACAGGCUUCCCAGUUGGUCAUGCACAUUUGUGGAUCACACGUCGUCAGGACUUUGCUGUGUGUCCUCACGGGAACCGACAUGGUGUCAUCCUCCUCCUCACCUGCAGCGACAACUGGUGGUGAUGAUGUCUUUCGUCGAGGAAAAAAGAAAAACAAAAAGAAGAAAAAGAAACCAGACACAGCAACUCCAGCCGCCGCAAGAGGAAUGACGCAAAUGGUAUAUCGAAAUCCAGCCAAUCUACGAAUGGAUGUUUUCGGUAAUGAACAGUUUACAGCGGCAUUGGAUGCACUCACCCAGCAAAUAACAUCACAAGCCAAUGGCCAGGGCGUACUGCAAAAAAUGGCCAGUCAUCCCAGUGCAGGGCCGUUUCUGAUUGUGCUACUGCGCGUUCUCACGUAUGCAUCCUGCACCGACCAAGCCAAGUGGCAAACACACGAUGACGAUGACAAUAAUCCAUCCACUGGUGGUGGUACUACUACUACUAGUCUGACCAGAACGCAGCGGCAUUUGGGCAUGGAACUAGAACAGCCCAAGUUCCAGCUCGAUUCCAUGGCACACCAGUUGGCAAAAACAAUCUUGUGUUGGCCAGAAGACGAGUCUCCCUCCUCCAACCAAGACAACAAUGCUUCUGCUGCUGUGGCGGAUGUCAUAUACGGACUUGCCGGGGAACCACGUGGGUCUCAUGUCUUGGAAACACUCUUCUGGUGCAGUCCUGGUCCGGUCUAUGACAAAAUGCUGGCAUAUGGUAACUUUUUCGAACGGGCUACCAUUCAGGAAUACAUUGAUGAUCCCAUUGGAAAUUUCGUCAUUCAAACACUGCUCCGAACCAUCCAAACCAAGGAGCAGGCCGAAAAGAUUCAAAAGGCCAUAUUGCCCAUCAUUUCCAGUGGUUCUGUGAUUGACCAGGAAAAGAAACGUCGUGGGAUCCUCUGGCGUGCGGUCGAGAUGGCGGCGAACCAUCGAGUGGGGCAAGAUGCCACCCUCAAGGCAAUUCGACUGGGAUUUGCCGCUUUGUUGCCCGCUUCCUCCUCGAAAACGACAAAACCAGAAUCCAGCAAGGAACCAGGCAAGAAGGAACGAAAGAAAGCAUCGACAAUCAACCUUUCUGAUUGCAUUGUCCAUCUAUUGGAUGCCAAGAAGGAUGAGGCAUCGGGACGGGUGACCCUCGAUGUAAUGGGAGCGCGCACUGCCUACUAUUUGCUGCGAUUUGCUCCUCGUCUUUGCGAAGGUACCAUAGAGGGCAUUGUGUCGUCGUAUUCGCCCGAUAUGCUGAUGCACUUUGCCAAGGAUGGCUUGGCGAGUGCAUGCAUUUGGGAUGGACUCCUGGAAGGGCCGACGGAAAGCCCCACGUUCAGCAAGGGGCUGAAACAGCUAAACGACAAGCUCAAUGGCCACUGGGUAUCUUUGAGCUGUGAUCGCUGUGGACAGCACGUUGUAAAGAAGAUAUUCCGAGCACUGCCAGAUCAACACAGAAUAAAAAUGGUGGAGGAGCUAUGCCGUGGGAUUCCACAACUGUCGGGAAGCUCCAUGGGUAGAGGCGUUAUGGAUGUUUGCGCCGUCCGCGAUUUCUCCCGUGGCCAAGACGCAUGGAGAAGUGCUGUCAAGAAGUCAGCUGAGAUCCAAGGAGACUGGGAAAAGGAAGUGUUUGGAGAAAUGGGGGCAACUUCUGUAUCUUCUAGCAAGAAGAAACGAAAGAGGCCUGAUUAAAGCUAGACAAGUGUUAUCAUAGGAAGUCAAGAAGCUGUCCUGAGGAACCUUCUACGUACCACUUGCUAGCUAAAUAGAUAGCCACAAGAAGCAUCUAGACAACAGAUAGCUGAUGGUUGUAAGGUGUAAGAGGAGCAUAGCUGUUAAUGUACCUUACCGUACAGUGAAAAGUUCUAUCCUGAUAAAUCCUUUUUUUGCUUCUC